CGUCAUAAAAAAAAAAAAAAAAACACUUGGUGUCUCUCUCUCUCUCUCUCGAUUUUGUCAGCAUCUACAUAACACGAAGUUAAUGCAUUCGAAAAUUGAAAGUCGUUUCUUCUAGAAACUCUCUCAAUUCCAAUUCCUAUUGUUUUCUCAUAACCUACAAACAAAUUCAUAUGAUCUAUCUUCCAUAGGGUACCAACCAAACAACCUUAGAAUACUCUCAAACUUUGUUAAUACUAGGUAGUUACAAAAACACAUACAUCAUCUUACAUAUAAAACAUACAUAUAGCUACAUAGAUACAUACAUAUGUUAGUAUUGGUGAAGAAAACAAUAUCAAUUAUCAAUUAUAUUAUAUAGUUUUCUUCAUUCAUAACAAGUCAAAGAUACAAUUUUUUUGACAACCCAAUUGAGAUUUUGAUACAAUAUGAAGGAUUUUUCUGCCGGCGCUGGUGAAGGGAAUAAGGGGUGGAAUUCAAUUGGGUCAGGAGGAAGCCAUGUUUUUGUGAGGAGGAUUAUGCCAAUGAUUAUGUUUCUUGUUGGAUUUGCUGUUUUGUGGAUGUUUCUUUGUAACAAUUCUGCUUCUCCUUUUGGUUUUCAAGCUACUAUUUCACAUUACUUCAAUGGUAUCUCUACACAAGAGUAUUAUGAUCCAAAUCUAAAGAGUGUUCUUAAACAAGCAUCAAUGAAGGACAAAACAGUGAUAAUCACAACAUUGAAUGAUGCAUGGGCAGAGCCAGGUUCAAUAUUUGAUCAAUUUCUUGAGAGUUUUCAAAUUGGUGGAAACCAAACACAAAAGUUAUUGGAUCAUCUUGUGGUUAUAACUUGGGACGAAAAAGCGUAUUCUCGUUGCAAUGCUUUGCAUAAAUAUUGUUAUCAACUUCAAACUAAAGGUGACAAUUUCACCAAUGAAGCUUUUUUCAUGACUCCUACUUACUUACAUAUGAUGUGGAGAAGGAUUGAGUUUCUUGGUGCUGUUCUUCAUUUGGGAUACAGCUUUGUGUUCACGGACACUGAUAUAAUGUGGCUAAGAGAUCCAUUCAAACAAUUUUACAAAGAUGCUGAUUUCCAAAUUGCAUGUGAUUAUUUCAAUGGAAACUCCUAUGACUUACACAACUUUCCAAAUGGAGGAUUCACCUAUGUAAAAUCCAAUGCAAGAACAAUUUGGUUCUACAAAUUUUGGUACAAUUCUAGAGAAUCAUAUCCAACUUUGCAUGAUCAAGAUGUUCUCAACAAAAUCAAAAUGCACCCCUUAAUUACUACUAAGAAGCUUAAGAUUAGGUUCUUGAGCACAAGUUACUUUGGAGGGUUUUGUCAAUCUAGCAAGGAUUUUGCUAAAGUUGCAACAAUGCAUGCUAAUUGUUGUGUUGGUUUGGAGAAUAAAGUUAAUGAUCUUAAGAUUGUGCUUAAGGAUUGGAAGAAGUAUAUGGCAUUGAAUGAUCAUAAGAGAAAAAAUUCACACCCUUCUUGGAGUGUGCCAAAAAGUUGCAGGGGUUCCUUUGAACGUAGCAAAGAAAGAAGGGAAAAAAACAAAGGGAAGUUGUAACAGUAAAUUAUCAAAAGGUUGGAGAAUAAUGGUUCACUUUCUACUCACAGCAAAAUACUCACAAAGCCAAACCAAAUCUUUUGUAUUGGAAAAGAUAUGUAGAAAUGGUAAACAAUUUGAAAAUAGAGGACAGCGAUAAAAGAUUGUUCAAAUUUGCAAUUGUGAAUUUAAGUGUUUUUUUUUUUUAAUCAUAGUUUUGAAUUUUUUAGCCCUUUUAUUAAGAUUAUUUUAUUUUCA